GAAGCGCCCAGUAAGCCUUGACCACAUCUUUGAAGAUGGAAUUAUGAAUCCAUCAGCAUUUCUGCGAACCUUUGAAGAAAAAGGAUUGAGAUGCGACAGGCCUGACUAUCAGUUGAGUAAAGAGAAAAAGAAUAUCUUUUCCUUCUGUGAAGUGUGCAACAUACAGUUAAAUUCAGCAGCACAGGCUCAGGUUCAUUACAAUGGAAAGUCUCAUCUAAAAAGAGUAAAGCAGCUGAAUAAUGGGAAGCUACCAGCAAGCGCGACGACAGGCAGUUUGCUUGCGAACACCGGUGCAGGCAGUACGUGCCACACAACGACUCUGCCUACCCUCGUUCGAACACCUACGCUAAUGAUGCAACCUUCCCUGGAUAUCAAACCAUUUAUGUCCUUUCCAGUGGACGGCAGUUCUGCAGUUGGGCUCUUCCCCAAUUUCAACACUAUGGAUCCGGUGCAAAAAGCAGUCAUAAACCACACAUUUGGCGUGUCACUUCCCCCAAAGAAGAAACAAGUCAUCUCUUGCAACGUCUGUCAACUUCGCUUUAACUCUGAUAGCCAGGCCGAGGCCCACUACAAAGGAAGUAAACAUGCCAAGAAGGUCAAAGCACUAGAGGCAACGAAAAAUAGACCAAAAGCUGGUGCUCCCAAGGACAGCGCAAAGGGUAAUGCGAGCUGCUCUGCCACGCCAGUCCCAGCCAGCAUCUCUGACAAAUCAGGCAGUACUGUCACUGAAUCCAAUAACAUCAGCUGCACCAUCUUGGGCUCAUCCACUUCCACAUUAUCCAAUUUAAUAUAUGCCUUCAUGUACCAACAAUGCCCUUCCGCUAUCUACAUUGGACAGACAGAAGACACAGCGAACCUGAAAGCGAAUGGCUCAAGUCAGCUUCCAAAUGUUGAAGCAGUCCCUCUUAUCUCUCAAUCUGGAAUUAUAUCAUCAGCCGCCACGGUGGGAAAACCAUCACCAUCAACUUCCUCCAAGAGCACAAAUGGAACGACUAAUGCUGUUUCUGAGUCAGAAGAGGAGAAAGCCAAAAAACUGCUUUACUGUUCAUUAUGCAAAGUGGCUGUGAACUCCCUUUCACAGCUAGAAGCCCAUAACACGGGUUCCAAGCACAAGACGAUGGUUGAAGCUCGGAACGGGGCUGGUCCAAUUAAGUCUUACCCUAGGCCUGGAUCCAGGCUGAAGACUGCGAAUGGAAUUAAAGGCUCUGGGUUGCAGAACAAGACGUUUCAUUGUGAGAUCUGUGAUGUCCAUGUCAAUUCAGAAAUUCAACUUAAGCAGCACAUUUCCAGCAGAAGACACAAAGACAGAGUUGCAGGGAAACCUACAAAACCGAAAUACAGUCCUUACAACAAACUGCAGCGCAGCCCGAGUAUUUUAGCAGCAAAACUUGCAUUCCAGAAAGAUCUCAUUAAACCCCUGGCACCUGCGUUCCUUUCCUCUCCACUCGCUGCUGCAGUAUCGACAACGUUGUCUCUUCCUCCUCGUCCUUCUGCCGCUUUGUUCCAGGCACCAGUGAUACCCACCGCUCUCCUAAGGGCAGGUCACGGCCCGAUCCGAGCUACUCCAACAUCCAUCCUUUUCACACCCUACUGACCUUUGAAUGGGCAGCACACAACCAUGGCCAAUCCAGAUGAGAACAAGGUAGAAGGCAAACGAGGAUUCCAUAUUUUUUUAAGCUGCUGAAUCUUGAAACCGACAUGCUUGCUUGGCUUCCCAGAAAACAGGAUCUGGGAAUUCUUUCUCGACGGGUAUUACGCACUGGGCAACCUAAGCUUGUUUCUGGGGGGUUGAUUUUGUUUGUUUUUUUAAGUAAUUCAGAACAAAGUUUACGGAAUAUGUAAUUGUGCACAAAAUACAUCAAGGGUUCACACAUCUGCUUUUUAACAUGGAUGCAUGACAGGCACUGUAAGCAAGGAAUGUGGAAUAUUUUCCUGACUGACUUGAAAACCGGGGCCGUCCUCCCAUUUGAUGACAUCUACAGGCUCUGGAAACCAGCCAGAUAGAUUUCGGGUGUGGAACUAACCUAGACAGGGAGGAAAUCCAUGUGCUUAAAUUACCGGUAGCAUCUCAAUAGCGGAUUGCAGCUUCGGGCUUCUUGCGUGCUCCUGUUGACAAGGGGUUGUGUAAUGUUUUAGGCCUCGGUGCUAGUGUAUCUUGUGUAGUACUCGAGAUUUGAUCUCUCAUCUGAUUUGAACCGUUCUAGUUGCUGUGUGUAAACGUUUGGAAGCAGAACAGCCUUGAAGCUUAUUUAAAAAAAAAAAAGAUGUUAACAUAGAUGUAUUUUAAUUUAACAUUUAUUUAGAAGGAUUUCAGAAUAGAAAGCCAUAUAUCAAAUAAUAGAGAUUAUGACUCAUUUGCUAUUUUCGUUUAACUUAUUUUGUUUCAUUUCCCCCCCCCCCCUCCUGUUCUCCCUGGUGUUGCUGACCCACCCGUUUCAGAAGACAGAUACAUCAUUUAUAUGUUUAUCUCAGAUUGUGCUCAUUGUUUACUGAGAUGAUGGGCCUGUGUAUUUAUUCAUAAAUAUACAUAUAUAAAUAUAUAUAUAUAUAUAAUAUUAAAAUAUAUUUUUUUCCAUUUUUAAACUUCUUUCCUAUAUAGCAAUGCCAUAUUCAGUUGUGGCUCCCUAAUGCAAUAAUGUACAGAAGAUUUUAAAAAGAUAUUUAUAAAACAUAAUUGUUCUCUUCUGUUGACUAAUAUAUUAUUGUUUUAGCCCAUCCCAUCCCCUGGCUCCCCCUACUUGGUUUUGCAAAGGUGACCCGGAUGUUGACCAACACAGUGGGUUGGAUCCUUUGGAUCUGUUCUACUCGCAAAAGCACUUCAGUCUAACAGAGAGAACGUUCCCUUGACGUCGUUCCUGGCCCCUUAUAUCAGGGGAAGACUUCCCGCUGGAGAAAAAUGCAUUCCAUAGCAAAACAAAUCCGCAGGAUCUAACCCAGUCUGUGUCGUCAAGAGGAAACAAGGGUAAUUUCCAAAAACAAUCUGUAAAGAAUAAAAUAUAUGUGUAUUUUUAAAGGCAUGACUUUUUAAUAAAAUAACAUGGAAGAAUA